ACUAUUGACCCUCGUAAUAUUGAACACAUCCUUAAGAACAAUUUUGAAAAUUACGUAAAAGGACCGGCAUUUGAUGAAGCAACACAGGAUUUACUUGGUCAUGGUAUAUUCAAUUCAAAUGGAGAAAGAUGGAAAUAUCAACGCAAAACAGCAAGCCAUAUAUUCAAUGUCAAGAAUUUCAAGGAUCAAUUUACAGAUGUAUUCCUCAAUGGGUUCAAGAUAAUGAGUGAAAAGAUCUUUGAUCCAGCUGUCAAAGAAAAUCACUCUGUCGAUUUUCAUGAUGCCAUGUACAGAUUCACUCUAGAUUCCUUUAUUCUGCUUGGGUUUGGAGUUCACCUAAAGACAUUGUCAACCAAAGAAAAGGUCCCAUUUGCAACCUCGUUUGACGAAUGUCAACGUAAUGCAAUCCGUCGACUGACUAACCCAGCCUGGCGUAUUGGAGAGACGGUCCGGCACUGCUUGGCCCCCUGGAAAAAAACCAUUCCUCAGCAUGUCGAGACGAUCAACAGCUUUGCUAGUGAUGUGAUCAAGAACCGGCGAGACCAGGUUGCCAAGGGAGAAGAGCAUGGUGAUUUGCUUUCGAGGUUUAUGAAGUGCCGAAACGAAAAAGGCAAUUUGCUGGACGAUACCGAAUUGCGUGACACGGUCCUCAAUUUUGUGAUCGCAGGCCGUGACACAACCGCCCAGUCCUUGUCCUGGACGUUUUAUAACUUGAUGCAGAAUCCGGCAAUUGAAGAGAAACUUCUUGAAGAGAUAAGGGAACAUAUCACUGAUUCAAUGGAAGACGACCCACCUGCCAUGUACGAGGCGAUCAAGCAUAUGACCUAUGCCCAUGCAGUAUUCCACGAGACUCUCCGUCUUCAUCCUUCUGUACCAAACAACCAAAAAUAUGCUCUAAAUGAUGAUAUCUGGCCUGAUGGCACACAUAUCCAAAAGGGUGAUUAUGUUGUCUGGAGUCCGUGGGCUCAGGGCCGGUGCGUCAGCGUGUGGGGAGAAGACGCAAAGAUCUUUAAGCCUGAGCGAUGGAUUACACCCGAAGGUGAUUUAAGGCGUGAAAGUCAAGGUCAAUGGCCUGCAUUCCAUGGCGGACCACGCGUAUGUCUUGGUCAAAAUCUAGCUACGUUACAAGCCUUGAUCGUUAUUGUAUUCUUAUUGAAAAGGUACAAGCUGUCUCUUGUACCUGGUCAAGAGAUCACUUAUCUGGUUUCAUUGACCCUGCCAAUGAAGAACGGGAUGUCUGUCAUGGUUGAGAAACGACAGCCCGCACAGUAA